AUGGGGGCGGAGGGCUCCAAGGCCGCCGGGGCCGGCCGCAAGCCUCCCGCAGGAGCCCCCGGGGCGCGAGCGGCGCCCGCCGCGGGCAAGCAGGAGCGGGUCGUCACGGCGGCCGAACUAGCUACGCACGGCGACGCCUUUAAUGCCUGGGUCGCGGUGCGCGGGAACGUCUACAGGGUCCACGGAUUCCUGAACAACCACCCGGGCGGAAGAGAGGCGCUCUUGAAGUGGGCGGGCAAGGACUGCACGGAGGGCUUCGAGCGCGCGCACAGCGACCUGAAGACGGCCUCGAUCGCGGAGCUCAUCGGCUCCCCGAAGGCCUUCGUCGGCACGCUCGAACCGCAACCCGCGCCUGCACGCAACCCUCACGUCGACGCGGCUGCGGCCCCCGCGGCGCCACCGUGA